GCUGAGAUGUUCGUUAAUGCGUUGAGCUGUAAUGUCCCGAGUAACCUGAUGUAAACAAUUAUAAAUGUUUCGGUCUUUGUUGUGGGCCCUACGGUUGUGUCAGUGUAAUAAAUACUGGCCUCCGCUGUGUUAUUGUGGGCAGCGUUAGGCAAACGAAGAUGGUUUUAUUUUAGCACCUUCAGACCUGCUGCCUGGCAAAGAGGAGAGUUCCAACGGGCCGGUGAAGAAGUCCAUGCGAGAAAAGGCCAUCGAAAGACGUAACAUCAACAAGGAACACAACAGUAACUUCAAAGCUGGCUAUGUACCCAUAGAAGAGGAGCGUCUUCAUAAGACAGGGCUGAGAGGACGUAAGGGAAACAUGGCCAUUUGCAUCAUCGUCCUCCUCUUCCUCCUCGCCUUAAUUAACCUCAUUAUCACACUAGUAAUAUGGACUGUGAUCCGUAUUGGUCCGAAUGGCUGCGACAGUAUGGAGUUCCAUGAGAGUGGCCUGCUGCGCUUUAAACAGAAGGCGGACAUGGGGAUCGUUCACCCGCUGCACAAGAGCACAGUGGGAGGCCGUAAGGACCAGGACCUGGUCAUUGUCGGCAACAAUAACCCGGUUGUGUUCCAGCAAGGCACUUCUAAGCUUAGUGUAGAAAAGGACAAGACCUCGGUCGUCAGUGAAGUUGGCAUAACGUUCACGGACCCUCGCACACAGACCACGUUCUUCAGUACGGACUUUGAAAACCAUGAGUUCCAUUUGCCCAAAGGAGUCAAAGUCCUCAGCGUUAAAAAGGCGUCCACAGAAAGGAUCACCAGCAGUGCAUCAUCUGACCUGAACAUUAAAGGGGACAGCAAGGCUAUUAUCCGUGGUAAUGAGGGGGUCAACAUCAUGGGCCGGACCGUAGAGUUCAAAAUGGGUGGAGGCAUCGAGCUCAGAGCUGAAAACAGCAUCGUCCUCAAUGGAUCAGUCAUGUUCAAUACCUCACGCAUCCCUAACUCAGCAGGAGAUGUGUAUUUCGAUCAGGAUAUGGAGAGGUACAAGCUGUGCAUGUGUGCUGACGGGACUCUGUUCCGCGUGAAGGUGAAGUAUCCCAACAUGGGGUGCCAGACGUCCGAUAACCCGUGUAGAAGAGCUCACUAGGAGGCCUGACUGGAAUCUGCUGAAGCUCACCAAUCAAGUCAGAUUACGUAUUUGCAUAACAGGACUUUCUACAGGAAAUUCAUCAUGACUUGCACAUAACAAUACUGUACCUCUGUGGUUCACCUGACAAAUUCUGUAUUCCUUAUUUUUUUUGCAGAGCAGGAAUGAUAGAGAUCGAUACCACUUGGCCAAAGAUAUUAACAGAAAUCCUGGAGUAUUUUUUAUUGUUCUGCAUAGUUGCCAAAUUUAUUAAAACUUUAUUAUGCCAUGAAAGCGCUUAACACUCCUACAAAUAAAAUCGUAUUGUGGUUUACAUUGCCAGUUGCAAUUAAAAUCUACGGUAUUUAUUUUUUGCCUUACCGUCCAGUAUUAUACACUAAGUUGGCAGUUUAAAAGGUAGAUCUAGCUAAAACUAAUGCUUUCUAAUAAAACAGUCCUGCAGUAAAUCCUCCUCCAUGAAUGCUUUAAAGUUCAGUUUUUAAUUAAAUUGUUUCAGAGAGGUGUUGAUUCUUUUGAGGAUGUAGAUUGUGGUGCUGUUGAACUGUCCUAAUACGGACGAGUGUUUCUGUUGUCUACACUGAAUGAUAUAAAUGGGAUGGACAGAAGUAGAGCUUGGUUCAUAUUGUUUUUUACAGCCUGAUACCAAAAAAUGUCAAUACCGAUAUAUCAUCGGAUCUAUAUAUUUAAAUAAAUUUGUCAAUGAUUCCUAAGAUGUCGUUAUCAAACCAAUAUGACAAAGAAAUCUAAUCAAGGCUUUAUAUUUUACAGUUUAGACAUAAACUUCAUUAUAAGUAAUGAAGUAAUGUAAAACACAAAUACAAACAAAUAUAUUGAACGUGAAUUAAGAAACUUUUUAAUGUAAAAUGUUAACAUAAAUGCACAUCUUUUUGCCUUGUUUAUUCUGUUCAAAUAAAAGUUUAUAUAUCUAAUAUACAAUACCAAUAUGUCUCUGAAACAAUUAUAUUGGCCGAUUUUUAUUGGCCAAUUGAUAAAUCGGCCGGAUAACUGCUUUAGACAAAAUAUAAAUCAUCAGCACCACAAAUUUCCACCUCCAAAAUUACUAGAAAGCUGAAUAAACACCUCCCUAAAACUGAACAUUAUAAUUGCCAUGAAAGUAGAAUUUACUGCAGGACUUGUAUUACACUACAUUAGUUUUAGCUAGGUGUCCGUAGUAAACUACUAACCGAGGGUAAAAACAAUGUGGAGGGGUUAUUUAUGAUUUUAUUUGCUGUUCAUUGUUCCUGGCAGCUUUGUUUGAUACUCUCUUUAUUAUUUAGUGAGACACUAAGAUUAUAUCAAGUGAUAUGCACAGAAUUGGGAUAAACUGUAACAUGAGUGAUACAUUUUUAAGCCAUCCAAUAAUGCUGAACAGGCCUUUUUCUGCACAUCUAUGACUGUCCAUCAACCACAUGUCAAUGGAUUUACAAGGGAUGAUCUAUGACAUAUAUAUGUAUAGUAUUCUAAUUUUGUUGCAGAAGCUUUUUACAGUGAGGAAAUACACUAUUGAAAAACAGAAGAGUGUUUGCACUAAGUUAUACUACAGAUUAAUGCAUAUCUCUUUAAAUGUUCGUGUUCAUGAAUGUCAGAUGAGUGGAAAUAAUCAGUAGCUUGUUUGAUGCCUAUAUUGUGUUGUUUGAAUUUUGUGCAAUAUACCAUAAAAGAUUUUAUUUUGGA